CAUUAAGAUCUGCAGGACGAAGAUGACACUUAUUAACAGGGGAGCAGUUUCAGUGCCUCCUCUUCACUCGAAGAUACUGAAGCCCACUCUCUGAGUUGAAGGAAUACUACGACUGUUUUUUCUCUCUCUUUCUCUGGAUUUCUGGCUUGAUGUGUACUCCGGCCCAGGUCCAUCUGUAUGGCCUACCACUGCUCCUUUAGUCUACAUGCCCUGUUUCAAAGAUUGUGCAUUUGGUUUAUUGCAAGGAAAUUAAGUGUGUUUAGUUGUCCAGUAACAUCACUAGACGACGUCUCUGGGAAGCUCUUUGAAAAGCUCUUGAGUUGGGAUAAUCAGCCUGUUUGACUAAUUUAGCAGCAAAGCCACCAUGUCAACUGCAGAUCAUCACAUCUUUGUUGAACAGCAAAUCUCACACAAAUUUAAAGUAAAGGUAUUACGGGCUGAAAAUGUCACCAAAGGAGCUCUCGGAGACUUGCUGGAUACCCCUGACCCUUACGUGGAGCUGUUCAUUCCCACUUCACCUGAGAGCAGGAAGAAAACGCGCCACAUAGAUAAUGACAUCAAUCCAGAGUGGAAUGAGACUUUUGAAUUUAUCCUCGACCCCAACCAAGACAACAUGCUGAAGCUGACAUUAAUGGAUGCUAACUAUGUUGUGGAUGAAACAUUGGGUACAGCCUCAUAUGACAUCUCUAAACUCAAAGUUGGACAAACAAUGCUGGUGUCGUUCCUAAUAGGCAAAAUGACCAAUGUGUACUUAGAAAUUUCCUUGGAGGAGUGCUCAGCGAUGGACCUGCGAUUCAAUCUGGAUCUGUGUCCUAAAGAAAAGCUCUACAGACAACAGCGACGCGACAGAGUCAUGCUGGCCAUCAAGAAGCUGCUGAACAUUGAGAAACCUUCCUCCCUCCCUUGCACUCCCCAUGAGGUUCCAGUGAUCGCUGUGUUGGGUUCAGGAGGAGGUUUCAGGGCAAUGAUCGGGUUCUCAGGGGUUAUGAAGGCUUUGUAUGUUUCUGGAGUUCUGGACUGUGUCACAUAUGUUGCUGGUCUGUCUGGAUCAACCUGGUACAUGUCCACUCUGUACUCCCACCCAGAGUUCCCCACAAAGGGUCCAGAGCAGAUCAAUCAGGAGCUGAUGAAUAGUGUGAGCAGCAACCCACUCCGAUUACUCCAUCCCAAACACAUCACUAAUUACAUACAUGCCCUCUGGAGCAAGAAAACCACAGGACAGCCUGUUACCUUUACAGAUAUUUUUGGGAUGCUGAUAGGCGAGACGCUCAUUCCUGCUAGGAUGGACACUAAGUUGAGAGAUUUGCAGGAAAAGAUAAAUGAAGCUCAGGCUCCUCUGCCCUUGUUCACCUGUUUGCAUGUAAAACCUGAUGUCUCAGAGCUUAAGUUUGCAGAUUGGGUGGAGUUCAGUCCAUAUGAGAUCGGAAUGGCUAAAUAUGGAACAUUUAUGACCCCUGACCUUUUUGGAAGCAAGUUCUUCAUGGGAAAUGUGGUCAAGAAACAUGAAGAAAACCCUCUUCACUUUCUUAUGGGUGUGUGGGGUAGUGCCUUCUCCAUCCUGUUCAACAGAAUUCUGGGAUUGACAGAUGUGACAAACGGCAGCACCAUGGAGGAAGAACUAGAACAGAUCAAACCUGAACACAUUGUAGGAGAGGACAGUCUAGAUAAUGACGAAGACGCUCAUAGAGAGGAUGAGCAUCAGGCCAGCUGGAUUCAGCGCAUGGUUGGCUCUCUCUUCAGCGAUUCAGUGCUUUUUAAAACACGAGAAGGCCGAGCAGGAAAAGUACACAACUUCAUGCUGGGCUUAAACCUCAACGAUGAUGUGCCAUUUUCCCCUUACACUGAGACCAUCAACUGUACAGAGGAUGAGGUUGAUGCGGUCACAGACCCAUUUGAGUUUGACCGUAUCUACGAGCCCCUAGAUGUAAAGAGUAGGAAGAUCCAUGUGGUGGACAGUGGCUUGACCUUUAACCUCCCUUAUCCUCUGAUUCUAAGGCGUCAGAGAGGUGUUGACCUUAUCAUAUCCUUUGACUUUUCUGCACGACCGAGUGAUUCUAGUCCUCCAUUUAAGGAACUUCUACUAGCUGAGAAAUGGGCACGCAUGAACAAACUUCCCUUUCCCAAAAUUGACCCAAAGGUGUUUGACCGGGAAGGGUUAAAGGAGUGCUAUGUGUUUAAACCCAAAAAAGGAGAAGAAACUUCCCCUUCUAUCAUCCAUUUCGUCUUGGUUAAUAUCGAAUUCAGGAAAUUUAAAGACCCAGGUGUUCCACGUGGGUCGGACAAAGAGAGAGAAUUUGCAGACUUUGACAUCUUUGAUGACCCACAGACGCCCUACUCCACCUUCAACUUUCAUUAUUCCCAUCAAGCCUUCACCCAGCUGCAUGAUCUGAUGGAGUUCAACACACUUAACAACAUAGAGGUCAUCAAAGAAGGCAUAAAGGAUAGUAUAUUGUACAGGAAGGAGAUCCCAUCUCGCUGCUCUGUAUCUCUUUCUCUCAGUGAAGCACAAAAGAAAAAACACCUAAAGAAGGAGUCUAAAGGACAACCCUGUCAAGAAGGAGGUGGCGUAUGAUGGCAUUCUACCCACAAGAAGUUUACACAUGUCACAUCUCUUCAUGGAAACCCUUUUUUUUAAACUGAAAACAGCUCAAGAAACUGUGAAACCUGAUAAUCUGGUUUGGUCAUCACAUGAACAUUUUCCAUCUAGUUGUUUUCAAUGUUAUCUUGUAAAGGUAAAGGGAAAACUACUGACUGACUCAAUGAAAACAGCAUUUACAGUCUCAUUGUUGAAUUGAUCCAGACAAUAUGGUAUGUAGUGCCAGAGUAGACAAACUAUAUUCUUAAAUGUUUGUCUGUUUAAAGUGCUGAGAUAUUUACUUUAAAGACGUGAAGCAGACGGUUGUCUCAAGAAUUGGUUCUCUUCAGCAAAUCAGACUUUGUAAAGACUGUUGGUGUCCAAGCAACAUUUCAUCUUAUUUGAUUGCACAGAAAUGUUUUCAAAAAAUCUUCUUUUGUUUUCUUCA